AUGGAGACAUCAGAGUUCCGUGUCCAUGGCAAGGCUAUGGUGGACUACAUGUGCGAAUAUAUGGAGACUCUGGCAGAACGAAGAGUCACUCCUAGUGUGGAGCCUGGGUACCUCAGGAAGUUGUUACCUCAAGAGGCACCUCAGCAACCGGAAGCGUGGGAGUCCAUCAUAGACGACGUCAACUCUAAGAUCAUGCCUGGGGUGACCCACUGGCAACACCCCAGGUUCCAUGCUUACUUCCCGUCCGGCAACUCUUACCCAGCCAUCUUAGGAGACAUGUUGUCCGACAUCAUAGGUUGUAUAGGCUUCUCGUGGGCCGCCGGUCCGGCAUGUACUGAGCUGGAGACCAUCGUGUUAGAUUGGUUAGGUAAGGCCAUUGGUCUUCCCAACGAGUUUCUGGCGUUUGCUGAAGGCAGCACAGGAGGAGGAGUUAUACAGACAUCAGCUUCUGAGUGUGUGUUGGUGACAAUGCUGGCCGCGCGAGCUCAGGCCAUCAAGCGGCUCAAGAAACAACACCCGUUCGUCGAGGAGGGAGUGUUGUUGAGCAAGUUGAUGGCUUACUGCAGCAAAGAAGCUCACUCCUGCGUUGAGAAGGCGGCGAUGAUCAGCUUUGUCAAGCUGCGUAUCUUGGAGCCAGACGAUAAAUGCAGCCUUCGAGGAGCUACUUUGAGACAGGCUAUGGAAGAGGAUGAGGCAAUGGGGCAGAUCCCCUUCUUCGUUUCCACCACUCUAGGUACAACCUCCUGUUGCUCCUUUGACAACCUCCCGGAAAUCGGCGCCGUCUGUGAACGUUUCCCGUCCGUGUGGUUGCAUGUGGACGGAGCUUACGCGGGAAACGCCUUCAUCUGUCCAGAAUUGAAGUACCUCCUAUCAGGUAUCGAGUAUGCUGAUUCUUUCAACACCAACCCUAACAAAUGGCUGCUGACAUGUUUCGAUUGCUCCACGCUAUGGGUGAGAGACCGCAUCAGAUUGACUUCUGCGUUGGUAGUCGACCCGUUGUACCUUCAGCAUGGAUACUCAAACAGCACCAUCGACUACCGCCACUGGGGAGUACCUCUGAGCAGGAGGUUCCGCAGUCUCAAACUGUGGUUCGUCAUGAGGACCUACGGCAUCUCAGGACUUCAGAGCUACAUAAGGAGACACAUCAGGCUGGCCAAGCAGUUCGAGGCGCUUGUAAGGAAAGACCCGAGGUUUGAGGUCUGCAAUGAGGUCAAGCUGGGUCUGGUGUGUUUCCGACUGAUCGGCUCAGAUAAGUUGAAUGAGAAGCUGUUGAGUAAUAUCAACGCCAGCGGCAAGAUGCAUAUGGUACCUGCCAGUGUCAACGACAAAUACGUCAUCAGGUUCUGCGCCGUCGCCCAGAACGCCACCGAAGAAGAUGUGGAAAAAGCUUGGCAGACAAUUAUUGAGUUCUCUGCUGAGCUUCUUGAGACGGCUAAUGUUGAGAAAGAACAGGAGAAGGCGGACGAGGUGUUUGACCUGGUCGAACGCAAGAAGCGGGAGAACUUGGCCUACAAGAGAUCAUUCUUCGUCCGGAUGGUGUCUGACCCCAAACUCUACAACCCUAAGAUCGCCAAGGCCGUCCCAGGGUCGCGACGUCACGGCAGUCAUGUGCAGGAUGAGGAGGACGAACUGGAGUCUUGUCCUGAGAAUGGUGUGGAGGAAGUCAACACCCCACUUGCCUCAUGGAUCAGUUGGCCUCUCGCAUUCCUCUUCAACAAUCUGGAAGAGGGAAGUAGCAAAGUUCCCGUUAGGUUCCGUCAUCUGGACACCAUGGUACGUCUCAACACCCGGCGGGAGAGUCACCAGGGGGGCGUGUCCCCGAACUCCCUGUCUCCGGAACACCAGGAGUCUCCGAGGAGGUCGCCAAACAUCUUCCGGAAAAGAGAAACCUCUCCGUCCAAGGAGUGAACCCUUCUUUGCCUCUUCUGAUCCGUCAAGAGCCACCAGAAAUCUCAUUGUGUUGAUCCUUCGAUAUGAUUAUUAUAAUAACUUGUUGUCCCAUAUCAUAUCUUUGGACGCCAGACUCUAGCCCGGAACCGUGUGCACAAUACUUCAGGUUAGGUCUAGACAUGGAGCACUGAAUAAGAAUUCUUAUUUAGUUCUCUGUGGUCCUUGAACGUUGCGACAUUGUAACUUAGAUCAAAUUCACUGGUUAUUGGUGGGAUUUAAACCCGGGACCUCGGGCUCGGGGACCAAAGUCUCGCACUUCCCCCUCGACCAACUAUUUCAAAUCAUUUUGUUUGGGCCUAAUUAUUACCUGAAAAGGACCCCACAAAUAAAUUAAGUUUAAUGUGUUUUUACGCUAUCAUAAACUAGUUGUUUUUAGGCUAACAAUCAAAAGUCUAACCAAGUUUUAAAACUUUAAACAAUUAAGUUAACUUGUUUAACAGUUGUCUUUUGUUCUAGCUUAUUAUUAGCUUUGUUACAUUAAAUUUAGGAUCGCCAGGUUGGUUAAACGUACAACAUAUUUCUUCAACAUACUGGAUCGAAGCGAUCCUCAAGAUUGUCACAAUCCUCAGCAAUGUCCUGUAAGAAAUUGUAAGAAUUACGUUCAAACAUCUUAAAAUGCCUUGGUAUUGUUUUUUAAAUGCAUAACAAGCCAUUCAUUUAGCAACAGUGUGGCUGUGGCUCGUUGUUUCCAUACAAACAAGAUAAAAAAAGACUAUCCCAAUGUAUUACACGAGGAAUUGAUUGAUUCAUAAGAUAUGUAGAAACAAGUUGGACUCUUCUUCAGUGAACGUAACUGAAUCUUUUAUGUCCUUCGGUGUGCACGGGAAUUGCAAAUCAGGGACUCGUCAUCGGUUUGAUUCAUCGGGUAUGAUACCAGCUGAUAUAAAUAAAUGUCUGCAGCCUGAUGUAGUUAAGUGUGUCAAUCACAAGCACAAACAUUGGGUUUUAUGGUUUAUUCUAUCUUAAUGUUUCCGUCAUGUAAGAAUUAUCUCAAACAUUGAAAACUCAGUGAUUUUGUAAAAAAUAAUAUUUAUGUUACUUUUACUGAACAAAAAGUGUUGAUUUACCUAAAAAUGUAUUUCAUUUUAAAAAUAUAAAUUGCAUUUAUAUUUGAUUUGGUUUAAGUAGCUACAUUCUUUUAAGCUUGAUAACGAAUAUCAAAUGUUGGUAAACGUUUUAUAAGAUUGUAAGGAUAAAUGAUGAACAAUACAAAACACCUUCGGUGUUUUAAUUCCAAUACAUGUCUAAAACAUAGACUUUCAUAUAGAGCAUAGCCUCCUAUAAUAUCUGUAUUAUCUUAUGUAGACUACAACCAUUGACUAUACACAGAUGUAUAGUCUGUGUAUAGUCAUAGUCAAUGCUACAACUGAAAUAGACAUGCCUUCUAUAUUGAUCAGCAGCUGAUCCUUACAGAAGGCAUGUAUAUUUCAGUCAGCUGCAGCCAAUUUUUUUUCCAAUGUCGAAAUUCAAAUUUUCCUUUAGUUGUUGGUACUAUUUAUACUAUUUUUAUCAAUGUGACAUAAACUAUAAGUUGCCCUUUAACAUUUUGAUUGGUUCUUAAAAGUUUGGGCGUUGGACAGAAAUCAGUAAAACAAUAUACUCUGUCGCCGACUCAAUUCACUAGCUACAGCCUAGGGCAUAUAGUAGAGGAGGCUAUGGACGUCUACUUUAUUAAAUAAUAAAUAUUUACAGUUCAGUUAUAAGAGAUAAAUAAAAAUUAAGUAAUUUAUUACAACAUGAAAAGCUCUUAUGUUUCCUAUGAUGCGACAAUAAUUAGGUGAUGAAAUUAUAAACCUAUUUUUCUAAUUAUUGUUGGAUGAAAGUAGUUUCCAUAGCAUGUCUGCUCUUCAGAGCAAUUUUCGAAGAUACUAGGAAUCUUUAGCCCUGAUACAGAAAUAAAACUUGUAAAUUUUGUUGUCAAUGUACAGUCAUAGCGAUUGAUAUAAAAUAAUCUGUUAUAAAAUGUAUACAAAUAAAUCGGCGAUUUUUUCAUAAAUUGUUUAUAUAGUUGGGAAAAAUCGCCGAUGUCGUAUUUGUUCUCUUGUGAAAAGUGAUGUGUCCCCAAUGUUCCGUGUCUGCUUUUGCCCGGCAUUGUUAUUUAUGUAUGCAGUAUCAAAACAUGUUAAUUAUUAAAAUCAUACAAAAACUUACUGAAAGACACGUUCACAUGUUAAAAUUAUGAAAAUAAGCAAUUAUUAGUAAAACAUUUGCUGUUUUGUGUUUAAUUUUAAGAACCUA